UUAUGGAUCAUAUUGAUAUAGUUCACAUGAAUCUUAUUUUAUCUCAUGAUAAAAUACUCCCAAUUUCUGCCCAGUCAGUUCACAUUGUUCUUGGUUUACCAAUUGGCGGUGGAGAGCUCACCUUUACCAAGACCAAGGAGAUUACAAAUGCAAAAAAAGAUCUGUUUGAUAUGCUUGGUGAGAAAUUGUCGAUCGAAAGGCUCAAGCUUGAAGUUUCCAAGGGCCUUGCGGAUGAGUUGUCAUUGAGGUGUUUCUUCAUGAUAGUGUUUAAUAGGCUUUUGUUCCCGACAUCAUCAUAUGAUGUUUCGAACAACGAUGUCAGACUUACUAUGGAUAUGAGCAAGAUUGGUGAAGUUGAUUGGUGCAAGCUUGUUGUUGAGGACAUUAGAGCAGCAGCUUCUCAAUGGCAACGUCGUGAUUGUAAGGUCAUUAACCCGACCAUAUCCGGUUGUUCCCCAUAUCUAUUGAUAUAUUAUUUGGAUAAUCUCAAUCACGAGCUGAACAAAGGCGAUAGGAUUUCAAUCCCUCGUGCAGCAUUAUUUGACAAACACAAGGUUGAGCACCUUACAAUGCAUGAUAGAUUCACCGACAGACAUGGAAAAUUGGUCUAUGGUGGUACUCAGUUCAUGAGUCAGGUGGGAUCGUGCUACCAAUCGCAUCAUCCAGCUAUCUUCGCUGGUCCUAGCCACUGCAGCACAUCAGAUAAGUCUACAGAAGUUCCGCUUCUGAAUGAUCUACUCUCUGGUGCCAGAACUUUUCUUACUGGCCGCAGUGCGAAAGAAUUUUCCACUAUGGUUUCAGAAGUUGACUCCUACAUCAGCGCCAAGUUGGCAAUUGUAUAUGAUGCUAAGCAGAAAAUACACGAGAAUAUGUGUGUUAUUGAUGAUGCUCAGCAGGCAAUAGUAUCCCGUCAGCGUCAAUUAGCAGAAGAAUUUCGUCGACUCUUAGAAGAUGGCCAAACUGUUACAGAACCAGCACAUACUGCUGAGGGGCAGCAACAUGCACAAACUGAAGGCAAUUUUGAAACUGUAAAUCCCAACCUGUCUAAAGAGGCUGACAUAGAUGGCCAAAUUGUUAAAGAACCACCACAUAAUGCUGAGGGGCAGCAAUCUCCACAAACUGAAGGCAAUUUUGAAACUGUAAAUCCCAACCUCUCUAAAGAGGCUGACAUAGCAUCCGGAGACCAUGUGGGAGAUGUUAAUGUUACUAAUGAUGAGCAGCAGCGUUCGCCACCACCAGGUGCUAACACGUCUCCGGGAGGAAUUGAUUCCUCGCCUCAUGUCAUCCCCAAUCUACAUGCAUCUACAUCUCCACCACAUGAGUCUGGUCGAUCGGAAGCUAAUGUCAAUGAGGAUACUUUUGACCCUAAUGGCGCCUUCAGUUUUCUUAAUGAUCCAACCCCUCCCCAGAUAGAAUCAACUUCCGACCGUACGGUUGGCCUUUCAAUUGUUCCGAACCAGGAGGUACUUGCUAAUACAUUGGAAAAUCCCACAAAGGAAGGCUCUGCUGAAGGCAAGGACGGCAAUACAGAUGAUGCUAUCGAUGCUGUUGACAAGAUUAUCUCAAAAUUACAUAUCGACGGAAACUUCAAUGCAUACUUGAAUGACGAGGCAGUCCAAGCAUCUACGGAGGCACCAACACAGCAUGUUUUUGCAAAACCGGAAAGAAUACAUGAUCUAGAGGCAAUGUUCCGGGAAAAGCAUCCAAAUCAAAAGUUUAAGGUGAACCCAUUGCCACCACCGGCAAACAAGGCGAAAACGUCCGAAUUGUCGACCGACAAUGUGCUGCCUCGUCAUUACAAGAGAGCGAAUCGGAAACCUCCAAUGUACUCGUCGCCAUUCAAGGCAGGAAAGAGCAGGACUGUCCCUGUAGUUGAUCAUGCAAUGCAACUACGAGACCUUUUAUGCUCCCCAGGUUCACCAUUAAAAAGCCAUUACUUGAUUCAAUUCCUCCCAUUUGCAUGGACGGGUUCAGAUAUUGCUGACUCAUUCUCAGAUGGGUGA